AUGGAUUUCUCCGAGAACAACUACAUUAAUAUUAAUGAUAGUGAUGAAGAGGAAGAAAUUGUAAUUGAUGAUGAAGCAGAUAUAAAUUUCGUUCCAGCAUGGGAAUAUCCUUACCCCUCGUCUAAUAGAGACGAAGCAAUAGACAAUGACAAAGAUUUGUUCUCUCCGAUGCAAAUUGAUGUUUCAUCAAACAAUCUAUCACAAAGUUCAUUCCACCCGCCGCGAGAAUGCAUAAAGGAUAAUAAAGGUCGGAAAAAAAGACGUGAAAUAAAGGAGGAUGAUUUCGUGAUUGAUGAUUACGAUAGCGAAAGUGAUAGAGAAGUUAAUUUUAGGAAGGUAGAUUGCAAUCCAUGGACUUCCGCAAACUGGGAGAGAGAUAUUGCCGAAAUAGAAUCAAUUGAAAAAGAUCCGAAACAUGGGUUAAUCGUAUUUUUUGCCUGGAAAUCUGGUUAUAAGUCAGUCGAGCCAAUUAAAGUAUUGAAUAAAAGGGCACCGCAAAAGAUGCUCGAUUUUUACGAAAUUCACUUGAAACUUGUUUAA